CUGGUUGAGUUGAAACAUUCAGGGACGUUCCAUAGUUGCGUAGGCUUAAAGAUAUGCUAUACAGAUAUGUAGGAACUUGCUUUUGGAGUACAGAUUAUAGAUGUGAGAAAUCAAAAAGUAUUUUACUUACAACUGUACAAGGGGCAUCAUAACUUAGUUUAAUUGAUUUCAAUAUGGAACAAGCUAGUGAUUCUCCAAUGGAUGAUAAAUAUGAAAAUUUGUCAACUAAUAAAAAUAUAACCAACAAAGCCGAGACAGAUGAUUCAGCGACUCCUUUUACUCCCAAUAUGGAACCAGGUGCAUUCCAGAAAGAUGUUGAUAAUAGUUCUGCUGAAUCGCAGCGUAUGACAACUGAACAGAAGUUCACCCUCGUAUCACUUUAUGUUUGUUAUUUAUUCCUAGGAGCCUACUACUCCAUGCUCGGACCGUUCUUUCCACAGGAAGCCAACAAGAAAGGAGCUUCAGAAACAAUGACAGGCUUCAUCUUUGGAAUAUAUGCAAUUGUUGUGUUUCUAACUUCACCGUUCUUUGGAGCAAUUCUAACUAGGAUAGGAGCCAAGUUUAUGUUAGUCGCAGGACUGUUUGUAGCUGGGGGAUGCAGUGUGAUAUUUGGAUUUCUGGAUGAGUCUCCUGGUGGACUGGUUUAUGUUGUUUUGUGUGUAGCAGUACGCACUCUAGAAGCUCUCGGAACCAGUGCAUGCACUACAGCAGUAUUUGCUAUCAUGUCAUUUACAUUCCCUGACAGGGUAUCUACCAUGUUUGGUAUACUUGAGACAUGUUAUGGAGUGGGGCAGAUGAUAGGCCCCGUUGUCGGUGGUGCAUUAUAUCAGGCUGGUGGAUUUAAGCUCCCCUUCUUAGUCUUAGGAGGUGUAGUCAUGUGUAUGGCAAUACUGUGCAUCUGGCUGCUCCCACCACCCCAAAAUAUAGCCAAUAUGCAGGGGUCCAUGUUGUCAUUGUUCAAGAUGCCUAUCACAUUCAUAGUGUAUUACAUUAUAUUUGUGGGAGCACUCACUCUUGGUUUCUUAGAUGUUGCAUAUUCUUUGCAUUUAAAACCAUUCCAUUUAAGUCCACUCUUGGUUGGCCUUGUGUUCCUUGUGGCACCAGCGGUGUAUGCCUUAACAGCCCCCUUCAUUGGCUACAUCAUGGACAAAAAGGGCUGGUGUAAAAGUUCGAUGGCUUUAGGAGGAAUGCUGGUUUUAGUAUCAUUUUCAUUAAUAGGGCCAGUGCCAUUUCUGCCUCUACCAAUGGAAUCACUCUGGUUGAAUGUUGUAGGCUAUGCAGUGCUAGGCUUAGGUAUUUCUAAUCUUCUAGUCCCGCAACUUCAGGAACUUUUGGUUGCAGCAUUUGAAAGUGGAUACCCUGACAAUAUUAAAACUUAUGGAAUAACUUCAGGACUUUACACGUCAGCUUUUUCUAUUGGAGGAUUUGCGGGUCCCAUUGGAGGCGGACUUUUACUAGAUAAAGUAGGUUUCCCAUGGACAUCAUUUAUUAUGGGUCUUGCGGGAGCUUCAUGCGCACUGCUUCUGGCCUUAUAUCAACUUACAACAAAGUUCUGUUGUAAGUCCAAAGAUGAGAUACCCGGAGAACACAUUCCUUUGAUUCCAUAGUAUGCUGCAU